GCAACUGCAGGGCGAAAAAUUUAGAUUGGCAUGAUGGUGGAGCGGGUGUGGUGGAAGACGCUCUUGAUCCUAGUCAUUUCUCUUUCUACGUGUUGCGGAGCAAUCACUACAUCAUCAAGCGAGAAUGAAUGCAGCCCUACCACAGUCGGCGAUGCUCUACAACCGGAGAUGACAGUUGACCAGGAUUCAGAGUACCCAUCUGGGUUUUUCCUUUCCGAAGACCCAAUUCCUUUCGACGGAACAGUCGUUCACGUCACUGCCAGUGGAUACUGUGCACUAGGGAUGGACCAGCCCGCGUUGAUUCUCGUUGUUGCCCAGCCCACACAACUAAUAGAUUUGAAAAUGUACCUGCCGUCGUGUGAUAAGACUUCUACUUAACUUCAAACGUGACUGUUGGCACAGUUAAUCAAGCUGUAAGGAUAGCCGUCUCAGCUGGGGAUUAUCUUGGUAUACCGUUCAAUUCUGAAUGUGUAAGCAGACCGUUUAAAAUCUGCACAUUUUGGCCAGCUACUAAUUCUGAGAGUAAAGAUUUUUCUAUCUCAAUAACAGUAUAACGAACAAUGAAUUUUCUUUGCCGAAACCUAGUUCCAUUGCAACUAUGCCAACAAUUGGCCUAUAUUUCUCGUUCAUCAUUGAGAGCGGUGAGUCAGUGUAUAAAAAUGUCUCUACACGUAAUAUAAUUGGAAAACCAUGCUUUGCACAGAAGAGUGCAGAGGGCCUGAAGACCGAUCGCAGCUUAUACAAAUUUUUGUUACCAGUUUUCCUCACCACAACCUUACUGCUAUUUCUCAUCAUCGUGGCGUGGCUGCUGCAUAAAUACUACAGAAAAAGAAGGAAAAAUCAGCUGGGACUCAGCUUCACAAACUGUUUUUCAUCUGUUUCAAAUGGAAAUGAGAUGUCGGAAAAUGAUUAUCGUUCGACAGAAGCGGCAGAAAUCGAUAUCCAGCAAAAGUCCUUGACAACAUCUGAUGAUAAUAUUCAGCAUUCACUGAAACGCAAAGGAUCUUACACCUAUGACUACGCUCGUGAGAAGGAGGGCGAGUUUGAACUACCGAAGCAGUCACUACCAGAGGAAGGUCAGUAUGAAAUGGACGGACUGAGCAGCGACGAGCCGUUCUGGGAGCCAGCUGGUGUUGAGGAUGAGCUCAAGAGUCAGCUCCAGGACCUAAGUCUGUCACAGGACACCCUCUCAUUGUCUGAUGAGCUGGGUAGUGGUGAGUUUGGUGUGGUGAGGAGGGGAGUGUGGAGUGUGGGGGGAGAGGAGAGGGAGGUGGCUGUCAAGUCACUGGCAGAUGGCUCCACAGAGGAGAAACGUAUUCAGUUCCUGCAGGAGGCAGCCAUCAUGGGCCAGUUCAAACAUCCCAAUGUCAUCUCUCUCCAUGGGAUUCUUCUGGACUGCUCCCCAAUGAUGAUAGUAUUGGAGAUGAUGCACAUUGGUGAUCUUCGGGAGUACUUACACUCACUAAAGCCUUCGGACACAUCAGAGUCACUGCCAGCUCACACACCUGCACUGCUCAUGAGUUUCUGUCGCCACAUAGCCUUAGGGAUGGCCUACCUCUCAGGGAAAGGUUUCAUCCACAGAGACCUGGCUGCCAGAAAUAUCCUCGUGUCUAAAGAUGAAGUCUGCAAAAGU